AUGCCCUUCGGUAUCCUCGAGGACAAGUCAGGCCUCAGCCAUGUCCCUGGGACUGCGCUGCUUGAGCAGGAGGAGUCUAGCGAUGGAGGCAUCCAUUAUCUGGAGCAUCUGAAGAAGGUCCACCGCAAAGGUGAGGCCAUCAUCUUGGUGCCUCAGCCUUCGGAUGAUUUGAAUGACCCCCUGAACUGGUCCCGAUGGACUCGGGAUCUGGUCUUCUUGUUCUACGCCUACUGUGCUAUUCUCUGCAUUGGCGGCAUUGGCCCUGUUUUGUCUUCCCUGGCUCUGGACCUCAUCAAAGAAUUCAACAUCACCUUCACCGACGUCUCGCUCCUCACCGGUUACAGCCUCUGCGCCACCGGUGCCUCGGGUCUCUUCAUCUCUGCCGUUAGCCACAAGUACGGCAAGCGAAUCCCGCUCAUCUUCUCCAUGUCCUGCGCCUUUGCCGGCACCCUACGGGAGGCUUCGCCCACUCUCACAAGUCUCUCCUAG